AUGGAAGCUUCAGAGAUACUGGACUGUCAUCCUUCAACAAUUGUGGAAGCAUUCAAGAUCGCCAUGAUUCAAGAUUACAUUGGGCCGAAGGAACAGCCAAACCCAAAUGAGGCAAAUUCUAGGAGGGCAGAAGCAAAUCAGGUAAAGGUCAUUCACGCAAUUCAUGGAAAGUCGGGAGAAGAUCAAGAGCCAGAAGAGGUGUACCGAUCCAGACUUAGAGCAAUCCAUAAGCUAAAGAAAUUAUCCUCGGUUAACACAAUUACCUCGGGCAGUACCAAGAUCGGGUUUGGAGACGAGGAUUUAUCCAGAGUACAGCUCCCCCGUGAAGACCCUCUUGUCAUUAACCUUCUGGUGGCGAAUUGCCUAAUCAAGAAAGUCCUGGUAGACCUCAGCAGCAAUGCCAAUAUUAUAACAAAGGCAGUUUUUGAACAACUGGAGAUCACACCUUCAUCCGUCAAGCCCACAUCCAACACAUUAUUGGGAUUCGAUGGGACAAAAGUAUAUCCUAUUAGGGUGAUAGAUCUAUCAGUCACUGUCGCAAAGAAGAUAUUGAAAAAGAAUGCCGUUUUAAUAGAAAUUCACCCCUCUUAUAACUUGAUCAUGGGAAGAGGGUGGAUUUAUCGGAUGAAUAGAGUGUCGUCUACCCUACAUCAGAUGAUGAGAUAUUUGUCUCCGGAUGAAAAAGAAGUCAGCAACCUGUGGGGAGAUCAAGCCGAGGCCAAAGAAUGCUAUAUGGUGACACAAAAGGAAGCACAGAAGGGCGAUAAACCACACAAAUAG